AUGAGUACUUCCGUCGCCCAGAUGAGGAUGCCGGAGAGGUUCAUCGGGACGCAUCCAUACUAUAUGGACAAUGACAUCUUGACUAGCAUUAACGUCACGCCUAAGUACACAUUCGUCGAUUUGCAUAUUGACCACGGCAAGCAUGUCGUGACGACAUCGCACGGCGGCUGCGUCAAGCUUUGGGCAACAUACCCUCUAACCGACGAGAAUCGUCGAUUAUAUGCUAAGGAAUGCGCUCAAAACGAUAUUUUCAUCCGGCUUCACGACAAGCUUGAGAGAGGAGUCUUUCUGAUCACGACUGACGGCGUGGCCAUCAAGCUGCCACCGGGUUGCCUGCACGCGACGUUGACUUUGCGCGGUGGCGUCGUGCCAGGUUUUGAAUAUACAACAGCCUCUUGUCUGGGAGUAUCGGCAGCCGUGUGGGAUCUCCACUCUGCUGCGUUCAAGAUGGGAAGGGACGGGGAUAUACCGCUUUUUGAAGCGCUGAUCAUGGCAUUGCGCUCGGAUCACCAAGACAUUAGAACAGAAGCCUUUCAAACUCUGUGUCCAAGGUGGAAGACUCUUGGCAAGUGCAAAUGUACUGAAUUGUCUAAGCUCAAGAAAUUGUGUGGUCUGAGUUGCCACCAUUGUGGGAAAGCUUGGAAGGUUCACGCCUGA